ACCACUCUGGUCGAGAAAGUAUUCGAGCAAAGAAGCAUAUGAAUGCAAAGCGAGAGGAUGGUCAUUUUCUCAGUAAGAUGCAGAAACCAACACCUGAAAUCUCUGAAGAGAGCAAUGAUGUGAUGACAAAAGACAUUAUGCUUGAUCAGGUAUCUGAUUGUUCAUCAUAUGGGUUAAGCAGGAGAGACACUUUGGAGAUUGACGAUGAGAUGCUUGAGUUGUGGGAAACUGCCAAUCGCAAUGGCAGCAUAGACCUGAAAGGAAAAAAUCUCUCCACGGAAUCUCUGGUAAAGGAGUUGGGUGUAGACAAAUUAGAGGUCCCAAAGAGAUAUGCAGAGCCAGACCAGGAAGGAAGCAGGAGGAAGAUUUUAGAAAGGCUAGAUUCUGAUGCACAAAAGUUGACAAACCUUCAUAUCACCGUGCAGGACUUGAAGAGGACGGUGGAGAUUACUGAGAAGGCCAAAAAGGGGAAGGGACUUGAACUUGAUACUGUUAAAGGGCAGCUGGAAGAAGCUGAGGAAGACAUCAUGAAGCUGUUUGGCAUAAAUCGCAAAUUGGUGUCUCAUGUUGAAGAUGGUUCCUUGUCCCUUGAUGGGAAAUCCACAAUAGAGUCAGAUGGGAACAGAAGUCUCAGGAGGCGGACAAUAUCAGAACAGGCACGGAGAGUGUCUGAAAAGAUUGGGCGAUGGCAGUUGGAGGUGCAGAAGUUACAGUUUCUUUUACUGAAACUCGAUGAUGAAAAAGAAAGCAGGGGAAGAACCAGAAUUACAGAUCGAAAAACAAGAGUUCUCUUGAGAGACUAUCUCUAUGGUGGGAGAAGAACUAUCCAGAAGAAAAAGAAAACACCUUUUUGUUCAUGCGUGCAACUCCCAACAAGAGGAGACUGAGGCAAUUACAUUUGGCAUGCAUCAUCAGUCAACAUUGUUUUCAAAUGUAAGGAGACAUUAGUUGUAUUGUCCAUAAAUUUUCUUAGACAGAAUUUGGCCGUUGGUUUAGAGGCUCUAUUGUACAUUUCAGGCUCUAUCUAUCAAAAGAAGCUGCUCUAUUGUGACCGCCUUUGCUUAAAUCUGGGUUUUAUUCUAUUUACCUUUUUUCAUUUCUACAUCACCAUACAAUCUGAUGAUCAAUUGCCUCUGAAGCUACUAAGUUUUCACAUUUUUAAUGGAGCUCUUAUACAGCAAAAGGAAGAAAUCACCAUGAAAAAUAAGCUGUUAACACUUUU